CCUCUCUCUCUCUCUCUCUCUGUCUAAAAUUCUCCUCAAUAAAAACCCUCCUCUCCUUGGAGUUGAGGAGGAGGAGGCUCUUCUUCUUCUUCUUCUUCUUCUUCUUCUUCCUCUUCUUGGUCAUCAAUGGACUCCUCCUCCUCCUCCUCCCAAGUCCUCGUCGCGCUCGCGCUCUCCCUCGUUGGCGGCUUAAGCACUUCCAUAGGUGCAUUGUUUGUGGUUCUAAAUCAUGCUCCUAACCUUAAGAUGCUUGGGCUUCUACAGGGUUUUGCUGCUGGGCUUAUGUUGUCCAUUUCUUUUUUAGACUUGGCUCAUAAUGCUCUCAAUUCUAUUGGUUUCUUAAAAGGGAACCUUUGGUUCUUUGCUGGAGUUCUCUUCUUUGCUUUUACUGUAAAUUUUAUUCCAGAGCCAACCUUUAUUGAACUGAAAGAUGCAAGUAAAAAACAGAGUGAUGAUGAUGGAUCUGGUAAAGACCUGAUGAAGAAACAUCGUCGCCAAGUUCUGUUUAGUGGAAUAAUUACAGCAGUUGUUGCAGGUAUUAGUUUACACAACUUUCCUGAAGGCAUGGCAGUAUUUCUUGGAUCAAUAAAGGGACUUCGUGUUGGCCUUAACUUGGCUCUUGCUAUUGCCCUACACAAUAUUCCAGAGGGUGUUGCUGUAGCUCUUCCUGUUUAUUUUGCCACAAACAGCAAAUGGCAGGCAUUCAAAUUGGCGACUCUGUCAGGCUUUGCGGAGCCUCUAGGAGUUAUUGUUGUAGCUUUCCUGUUCCCAAGCAGUCUGAAUCCCGAAAUCCUUGAAGGCUUACUUGGAUCAGUCGGUGGAGUGAUGGCUUUUCUCACAUUGCAUGAGAUGUUACCCCUUGCAUUUGACUAUGCUGGUCAGAAACAAGCUGUCAAAGCAGUCUUUGUUGGCAUGGCUUUCAUGUCUGCAAGCUUGUAUUUCUUAGAGAUCAGUGUUCCAAAGGAGGUGAGUUUGUAGAAUUGAGGAUACAACGAACCGUACUUUGUAAAUUCCAGAAUCUGACGAGGUUCCUUUCCUACCUCUGUUUCUCAUCUGAUAGCCUGUAUUAUACUUCUCAUCAAGAAAAGGAAAACAAUUCUUGUAUUGUUAUAUUGAGGUUGUAACUCUGGUGAUUAAAAAAACAGGCAGCAUUUGUUCUUUCUAUUAUCAUUGUCACAAAAUCUUCUCUGCCAAA